AUGCGAAUUCGCGAACAAUAUCAGCAAAUUGCUCCUGACAAUCAACCUCAUUUAACUCAUUGUUUUUUGUUAUCAGCACCAUGUCAAUUUUAUGAACGAAUUCUUUUUGGACAAGUACGUUUUCCUCAUCCUAUAUCAAUUGGUUGUCCGAGAGGUGCUUUCGUUUAUUUACUGAAUACAACACAUACUACGAAUAGAACAAUUCGUCAGCUUCAUUUACAAUCAAUAUCACCAGAAAUUCUUUGUAAAUGUAUUGAAUAUCUUCGUUGUACUACAUCAUUAACUAUUAAUUAUUUCUAUAAAAAUUAUUCAUCUUCUCCAACCUUAUUUACAAAUUCACAUAUUCGUCGUUUAACUGUUGUUCAUCCUCAAUUGUAUCUUGAACAACUUCUCUUAUCGGUUGGAUUUCCUGAUCUCACUUAUCUUCGUAUAACGUUUGAUACGUGUAACUUUUCACAAUUAGCUUGUGUUCUGACAACAUUCUCGUGUUUAAAACAUUUUAUUCUUCGACUUAUUGAACAUAAUAUAUGUGAUGAAAGUCAUGAAACAUGUUAA